UGCGGUCAUGGACGCGUGUCUGAGCUCCGAGCAGCGGCCCCAGCACCUGCAGGAAGCACCAUGCACCCCGGAUGGCUGCUCCGCGCCGGAGGGGGCUCCCCGGGAAGAAGACACCGGUGGCCCUCCAGGAGGCUCUAACAAGAUAGAACCAUCCCUUCACAGCUUCCAGCAGUUCGUUCCUACAGACUAUGAGAGCUACACUCAGGAGCACUAUCUGUUUGCAGGCACGAAGAUUGUCAUCCAGGAGUCAAUAGAGAGCUACGGCGCGGUGGUGUGGCCAGGGGCUACGGCUUUGUGUCAGUAUUUGGAAGAACAUUCAGAGGAACUGAAUCUCCAAGACGCUAAAAUUCUUGAAAUUGGUGCUGGACCAGGCCUUGUUUCCAUUGUGGCCAGUAUUUUAGGAGCGCAAGUCACGGCGACGGAUCUGCCCGACGUCCUAGGAAACCUUCAGUACAAUCUCUUGAAGAACACAUUAAAACGUACAGCGCAUCUGCCCGAAGUGAGAGAACUGGUUUGGGGGGAAAGUCUGGAGCAACGCUUCCCCAGGUCAUCGUUUCGUUACGACUACGUCCUGGCCUCGGACGUGGUUUAUCACCACUACUUCCUGGACAAGCUGCUCGCCACCAUGGCGCACCUCUGCCAGCCGGGGACGGUGCUGCUUUGGGCGAACAAAUUCAGGUUCAGCACCGACUACGAAUUUUUAGAUAAAUUCAAGCAAGUUUUCGAUACAACGCUCUUGGCUGAAUUUCCAGAGGCAUCGGUCAAAAUUUUCCAAGGAAUACUAAAAUGGGAUUAGACAGAAUGCCUUUCAAAACGUUAGUGUGUCUGUUGAGUGGUGUUAGAAAUUGGACUGUCAGUAAAAGGGCUUUUAUAAGACUGAGAAGCUAGUGCAUAAAACCGACCUGUAUGCUUAGAAUAAUGGUGUAGCAGCUUUCUAAAAGAACCUAUUUAAGAUGAACUGGUUAAUCUAAAUAUCUACAAAGGAUAAUAUGAAAACGUAAAAGUACCUUUGUUGGCUUCCAAAAGGGCUCAAUUGUUUAAUACACUUCAUACGAAUACAUUAGUUAGGGAGUGGAUUUCCCCCUUGUUAUUUCUCCUGUGAAUCUGUCAAUGCACUUUGGUCACGUGCCUUUUGAAACUGAGCUUGACAGGGUCCUUCUAACAAUUUUGAAGAAUCUACUUAUACAAUUUCAGCUGCAGUGAAGGGAGAGGAUCUUGAGUGAUAGUGAACUUAGGCUUACCAUUAAUUAAAAGUGAAAAAUACUGGAUUGUGGAAAGGGAUAUUAUCUUAGGAACUUCAUAAGAUAAUUUACUUUACAAAUACCCUGCUCCUGUGCCAAUUAAUUGCCUGCAACCAUUUCAAGUUAGAUUUCUGGAUUGUCUGCUUUUUUCCCCCCUCAACUUUGAUUUAUGAUUAAAAUUCCUAGAAGGGGCACCUGGGUGGCUCAGCCAGUUAAGCGUCCGACUUCUGCUCAGGUCAUGAUCUCACCGUCCAUGAGCU